AUGAGCAAAGAUUCCAAGAUGAGAGCAACAAUUAAUCAGAAGUUAACUGAGAUGGGUGAACGAGAGCGGUAAGAACAUUUUUCAAAUGUCUAGUUAAUCAUUAUUAGAAGACCCAUCAAUCUAUGGUCACUGUUCUUGCUUAUUUUGGUUGAUCCACAGAUUGAAGGAGUUGCUCAGAGCUAAACUCACUGAAUGCGGAUGGAGGGAUCAGCUGAAAGCUCAUUGCAAAGGUAAGAGUUACUAUCAUGUGUGGUGGGGAUGUCAUGAAAAGUCGGUAAUAGAAAUGAUGAGUAUGACACUCAGGGGCGUCAUGCACCCCAAAAAUCUAACGGGGCCCAAAGUACGUGAGGAUGACUAAGGUGGUGGUCGGAGGUAGCUGCCCGUAAAUUGGGAACAUUUCGCAUUUUUCAAACACCUGAAACACCUUUUUCCAGAAAUCUACAGCCAUAAUCAUUAUGCUUUAUUCUAUGUAAAAAAAAAAAAAAAGGAUAUUGAUAUUUUUCUGCACAUCUUGAGCUGUCUGUAUCCUCCUGACUGGUGUUUUUAAUUAACUGAAUAUGCUUCUCUGCUAAAUUCUGGGUGAAAGGAAUCGGAGUCUUAUUCAGUACAUUUUGUAGUUGCUUGCUUUUCUAAAGUCUACCAACCUUGCCAGCAGGCAUGCCAUCUAAGAUAGUUAGACAAGCUAGCUACUCUAACUUCAUUGAUAGCCUGAAAUGGCUUCUUGGUAGCUAGUUAUGAGAUUAGGAAUCUAUCUGGGCUAGUAAAGCAAACUAUAUAAAUUGCUAGGUGGCUAGUAGUAUUACAGAGAACAACAACAUUUUAAACAAAAUUAAUUGUUUUAUUAUUUUUUAAACAGGACAAAUCUGAGGGGGCACCCUUUGGGCAUGACGCCUCUGACACUGUAAAACACGUAUUCUAUUAGUGCCAAUGCAUCCAGCGGUGUAACCAUCAUGCCUGUCAUGUAACUGUUUUCCAGAUGUCAUCAAGGAAAAGGGCUUGGAGCAUGUGACUGUCGAGGACCUUGUGGUAGAAAUCACCCCUAAAGGAAGAGGUAUUUAGGCCUUGUGCUUUUCAUUGUUGUGUAUACAGUACCUUUUUUCUCGUCCCUUUGUUUAAUAACUUCCGUAAAGUUGAUCAUAACACUACUAUCAUAACCUGAACCGGAUACUGUAUAUUUAUUUCCCCCUCAGUUCUGGUGCCUGACAGCGUGAAGAAGGAGCUGCUGCAGAGGAUAAGAGCCUUCCUGGCUCAGCAUGCCACAUAA